AUGUAUAAUUCAGCCAUGAACUCACAAGAUGAUUCCGACAUAACUAUUAUAAAUCCUUCGAUUAUAAAUGAACAUAAUGAUGAACAAGUAGCAAGUUCUCAUGUUCAAAAAUCUGCUGUUAAACAUCCAAAUUCUGAAGUUAAACAAGACUAUAUAUUCGUUGAUAAUAAUCCACAAGAACAUGCUAAACAAGUUGAACAAGCAUUAAAAUAUUAUGUGCAAGAUUUGACGCAAGAAACGAAUACACAAUGGCAAUGUGAUAAACAAUUAGUUGUACGUUUAAUGGAUCUUGUUCGACCAGUCUAUUCACAUGAUCAAAUGAAAUUGAUUGAAUUAGAAGAAAUGCAAAAACAAAUUGGUUCUUUACAUGAUAAACGAUAUAUUGAGCAACGAGAAAAAUUUGAACAAUUACGUGCGGAAAUUUGUCAGCUCAAUAAAAUGUUACUUGAACACAAAGACGAACAAUUAAUAUCUACUGAUCAUGCUGAUCAUAACUCAGUUUAUAAUAUUGCUGAUAAACGACACUCAGUACAAGAUUACGAUCAAUGGACUGAAAUAGCAGAUGAUACAAAAAAACUUCAUGAGAUUGUUCAAUUACAACAAAAUCAAAUCAAUGAACUUGUUAAUUUAGUAUCAGAAACAGCGACAGUUCCAGUUAGUCUCAUCAAUCCACCUGAUGAUCCAAGUACUGAUGCCAAAACUGUCAUGCCUGACCCACCGAAUCCAAGAGGGCAAACAGAGCCAGCGUCAACUGAUCUUGCGCCAGCAGUAACACUUGACAAUCAUUCACCUGGUACAUCACCUAGUCAAUCAUUGGCUACGUUAAUUCCAGAAUCAUUUAUGCAAGUACAGCCUGCCAAUCAAACAGAACAAACCAAAGAUACACAAGAGGAAAUAGACGACAUGCAAGAACCUAUACGUGACGAACCACAUGUACUACCCAUUGAUAUUCCCAUCGUUCCUGUUGCUCCUCCAAGAGAACUAAAAAAAUGUCCCGUUUGCAGUCACGAAUUUUUGUUAACUACUAGUGAUGAAGACAUGUACGAUCAUAUUGAAACAUGUUUAUUUCCACCGACGGCUCGUGCUGAACCAACGCAUUAUGAAUGCCCAUAUUGUUAUAAAAAACUUCCAGGCAAUAAUGAAUCAGCUUAUCUUCAGCAUUUAUCAGACUGUAUAAAUCGGGAUUUAUAA